AUGGAGCAAGACGACUACUUCGCCUCCCAGCGAGAGGACCAGCGUGCCUCCAACGUGCAGCACAUUGAAGACUCCGACACCGACAUGGCCGCCUCCGCCACGGCCUCAUCCUCGCGAGCCGCCAUGUUCUCCUCCCCCAACCGCCCACUCCCGCAAGCCCCGCAGGAUCUCGCGCUCAGGAGUCCCCCGGCCUAUAAUCACGCCCACGAGUCCCCUGAGCUCGACAAUACCGCACAACCUCCUCCCCUCGGCGCCAGCAUCGCCGCCCACUCCCGCCCCGAGUCCGACGCCAACACAGCGACCGAAUAUGAAGACUCGCACAUCAAGAACACACGCGCACGCUUUGGCGACAUGAACAAGGCGGAGCGGAUGCGCCUCCUGGGGGAAUUGCUGAACCUGUGCGACAGCGCCGAAUUGAGCUUCGUGGCUGAAUUUGUCAGCCCAAGGCUGAAGAAGGACCCGUUCAUGGUUUCCAAAAAGUGGCGUGAACUAGUCAACGACGACGGCGCUUGGAGACUGCUGUGCAAGAAGUAUUCAUUCCGCGGACUGACCCGAGAGGAACGGAGCGACGAGGGCCACGUCGACGAGAUGGAAGACGCCGAGUCAGAGUCUUGGGUGGCGGACGCUGAGCGCAUGUCCCGAACAGAAGACGCUGCGCACAGAGAUCUCCUGGAGGUGGCUUCGGCAAGCAGCGGUGCCGAGGGAUUGCGGACACAGAGCCUCGAUCGCGAGGCUAAGCGACUGAUUUCCCAGCGCAAAGCAAAGGCAAUCACCUACCGAUCGCACUUCAAGCAGCGCUACAUGGUCGAGACGGCAUGGCGCAACGGCGGCGUAUGCGAUGCGCGCCAGAUAACGCCUGACCAGGGAGUCGUCACAAGUUUGCACCUCACAAAGAAGUACAUCGUCGUUGCACUUGACAAUGCAAAGAUCCACGUAUUCGACACCGUUGGUGACCACCAGAAGACACUCCAGGGACAUGUUAUGGGUGUUUGGGCUAUGGUGCCAUGGGGCGAUCUUCUGGUCAGUGGAGGUUGCGACCGCGAUGUGCGGGUGUGGAAUCUUGCAACCGGAUAUCCUCAAUUCACAUUGCGCGGCCACACUUCGACCGUACGAUGCUUGAAGAUGUCCGAUGCAAACACCGCCAUUUCCGGCUCCCGCGAUACAACCCUGCGAAUCUGGGACCUCAAGAAGGGGCAAUGCAAGCACGUCCUGAUUGGUCACCAGGCCAGCGUCAGAUGCCUGGAAAUCCACGGAGAUAUUGUGGUGUCCGGUAGCUACGACACGACAGCCAAAAUCUGGAGCAUCUCCGAAGGCAAAUGCUUGCGCACACUCACCGGGCACUUUAGCCAGAUCUACGCCAUUGCCUUUGACGGAAAAAAGAUCGCGACAGGCAGUUUGGACACCAGUGGCCACACAUCCCUCGUCGGCCAGCUCCAAAUGCGUGAAGAUAUCCUUGUCACAGGUGGAUCAGACGGCUCGGUCCGUGUGUGGAGUCUCGCAAAUUAUCAGGCUAUUCACCGAUUAGCCGCCCACGACAACAGUGUCACCAGCCUGCAGUUCGACAACACAAGAAUAGUUAGCGGUGGCAGUGAUGGCCGCGUCAAGGUGUGGGACGUGAAGAACGGCACACUUGUGCGCGAGCUGAGCAGUCCCGCAGAGGCGGUCUGGAGGGUCGUGUUUGAGGAAGAGAAAGCAGUCAUCAUGGCCAGCCGAGGUGGUCGGACAAUCAUGGAGGUUUGGGACUUUUCUCCGCCGCCGGAAGACGGCGAUUCGCGCGCAGUCAGCCCGGCCAGCAUGCCCGAUCACCUCGAUCCCGAAUAUGAACGCCCACGGUCCGCCAUUUUGCCGGCAACCUCACCACUCGUCGCAAAUGUCGAUAGUGCCGGCGACAUCAGUAUGGCCGAUGCCGCAGAGGACUGA